AUGCGCGGGACCCGGACCGCGGGAAGUCCGCAAAAUGACUCAGACGGUCAUGCAGCGAGAAAAAGGACGAGUGCGUCUGUAGACGCGGAGGCACAAGGGAAUUGCCUGAAGGAGCGAGGGCGGGUAACACAUGACGGCGGCGACCUGGAGGCCGCCGGGGGGCGUACCGAGGUUGAGAAUGACGCGCAGGGUGUGCCUGGCUAUUCCGUGGAGGCGACUCGAGGCGCGAACGCAGAGCCAGAAGCCGCGAACGCGCCCGCGACGGCAACGGGGGCCUACGCGGUUCCCCAGGUCCCGGGUCGCAAGGGAGGCAGGGAAGGCGAAGAAUGCACAGCUGCGAGGGCGAGCGCGGUCGACGGACGCGUCUUGGUGGAGCCGAGAGCCUCCUGCUGGCGGCAACAAGAGAGACUGCUGAGUCCGGACGAGAAGACGCGCCGAGCCCAGGAACAGCUUCAAAAUUCGCUAGGCGUGCCCGUGUGCAACUUGGGCUUGUACUGCCUGCGCUUCGCGUACCGCUGGAACCGCGCCGACCUCUUUGACUUUCCUUCGCUCGCGCACAUCAGUGAAAAGGAGACGCGACGCGCGCGCGCGGGCGGCGCGCGUUCGCGAGUCGCGCGCGUCUCCUCGGCGCCUGGCGGCGGCGCGCCCGCCAGUCGAAGACCGUACUCCAUCGCCUCCGUGGCUGCCGCUGGGGAGACGUGGCCUCAUCCGCUGGGCGCCGGAAGCGAGCCGCGGACGGCGCCAGACGGAGACUCGAAUGGCGACCUUAGCGGAGGAUCCGAUGAGGGCGGUGACCAGGGCCGCAGAGGCCCCCUGGCGACUGAAGAGCUGGCCUGCCUCCUCACUCUUCUCCGUACGACGCUUCUCAUCGAAGACACCGCCCUGCUGCUGCGCCACUGCGCAGGCGCAGCCGAGGGCCCCCCGAGCGCCCGCGGCUUCUUCGCCGCUCCGCCGACGCCGCUGCCCGCGUCUGGCGCCUGCGGCGGGGGCUGCGGCACUUCGCCGGCUACCAUUCCCCGAGUUUUCGAGUUUCCUUCGCACGACGUUUGCGUGGACGUCGCAGUCGCCCUGGAGGCCCUGCGCGAGCAGCGGCUGCGAGCGGAUCGGGGAGCCUCCUUCCUUUCUCUCACGGGUCUCCACAGGUCGGUUCUGACUGCAGGUUUCUCCUUCAGCCGCCGCAGCGCGAGCCUGUCUUCGCGGACGCCGUCCUUGCUUCGGCGCUUGCUGCAGGCCAGCCCCAGCCCAUUGGCUUCUCCUGCUUUCCUUCCGCCGUCUAACGACAGAGUGCGCCCUUCCUUCCGUGCGUUCGCACCGCCGUCUGGCGAGGCCUCCGCGGUCAGAGAGCCCCCCUCUCAGGCCGGGAGACUGUUGUCAGGUCGCCCUUUAUCUCAGACAUCUGCGUCUUCAGCUUUCUCGGUGGCCUGCGCCCCCUCUUCCGCUUCGCUCUCUGGGGCCUCUUCGCACCCGCCGGCGUCGGAUGUCGCAUGCGCCACAUCGCUGUCGCUGUCGUCGUGCGUCCCGCCCUCGUCUUCUCCCUUUCCUUCCCCAGCUGCGGCCGCUGGUUCAAUUUCGAGUUAUUCGUCGGAUCCGUUGUCAUCCUCUCAUCCGCACGCGGCCGCGUUGGCGUUACCCCGCGCGGCUCCGUUUUCCUCACUCGUGCCGUCUCCUGGAGAGCGUUCAGACGCGGGCUCCUCUCCGCUGUCCACGUUUCUCGGGUCUCUGGGCUUGACGCAGAGCUCGGUGCACAGCUGGAACAGCGUGAAUUUGUUUCUGAAGACCCCGGCGUGGCGCCUGCUCUACGACCGCAUUGGCAGCCGCCUCAUGACACACCUCCUCCGCUUCGCCUGUCUCUUCGUCGAGAGCCGUCUUUUUACGCUCGCGGCCGCCUCACGGCCGUCCGCCCGCCUGCGCGCUUCAUCCGGCGGCGAGCCGCCGCUUCUUUUGGCUUCCGCUGCUCUGCUGCGUCGCGACGAGUUGGGACGAGCUGAAGGGGCGACUCCCGCGACGAAGCCGCUGGUCUGCGGCGACGCGGCCGAGGGCCUCGCGAGAGCCGACACCGAGGGCGACAAUGGAGAGGCGAAGCGACGGCGCACAGCGAGCGCUGACGCCUCCCUGCGGCCGCGCCCGCGCAUCCCGAGCGAACAGGGGAGAGCGCCCGGUGGCGUUGAGCACGGCACGCGUUCCGCCCUUACACCGAGGACGAAGAGACGUUCGCUAUCCGAGAAAGGCGAACCACGAGGCCAGGUGGAAGUGUGCGCGUCGAGGAGCGGUCACGACGAAGAAGCCGAGAGAGAGAAGGAAUCCAAGGCGCGCAAGCGGUGCCGUGGCCGAAGCCGUGGCGAGCGAAAGAGGAAGAAGCGGACGAAAGUGGAACAAAUGCACCACACCGAGGUUGCAGACGCAGCCACAGGGCACGCGCCGGGCGGCGCCGGUUCAGGUGGCGCGAAGGCGCCCUUGUGUCCUCCACUGUCCCCUUCGGCUUCACCUCCCUCGACGUCUGCCGUCCCGUCUCGCUCGUCGUCUGCGUCGCUGCCGUCUCGGCUCGUGGCGGCGGCGGUACCGGGUGCGCCGCCCGCGUCGUCUGGGAACUCCGCCUCGUCUGGCGCGCCGGCGACUCCCCUGGCCGUGCCGUCAUCUGCAUCUGCAGGGUGCCGUGGGUCGCCCGCCUCACCGACUUUUGGCCGUUUUUUGGCGACCGCGUGUUCGUCUUCCGCCGUCGCGCGGGGACGCCGCGCAGCGCCCGGGGCGUCGAGCGCGACCGGCGCAGCGCCCGGGACGUCGAGCGCGACCGGCGCCUCUCCUGCCGACAACGGGGCGGCGGCCGGCGGGGAGACGCUCGGCGGGACGAGUCGGAGACAGGGCGGGGACGCCGAACCCUGGGAUGCAUCUGGGAAUCGUGCGUCGGCGGAGUGCAGGCCUCCGCGUCCAGCCCAGACUCCCACGCACGCGCAGGCCGAGACGCCGAGAGCCGGCGCGACGGCGCGGCCCUACCGACCUGUUUCCCAGCGGGUCGCGCGCGAGGGGCGGGUAGCCGAGCACGAGAGACAGAGCCUGUCGAGGUCUCUGUACAUCCAAGUUUCGGGCGUGCCGCUGACUCAGGCUCGCCUUCAGGAGCUCCGCAGAAUCCACCGACUAGCCGUGCGAGCGGCGCAGCGGCGACGGGACCGGCUGUCAGGGCUUCAACGAGGAGACUCAAGAGGAGGCGAAGGCACCCUGGGCGGCGAGGAGCGACGCGCAGCGGAGGAGAUAUCAGAGAUCCGCGACUCGCCGCGCAAGGCUGGAGAUCCGCAGACAGGAAACAGUCGAGCGGCCAAGGGUGAAGAGCAUCACGCGAGACCGCCCAACUACGGAAAGCGUAAACAGCAUGCAGAAGGAGCCACAGCGGACGCGGAUUACGCGGGCGUAGCCGAAGCGGCGGAGAGGCAGCAGGCGCAAACGAGAGACAGCGCAGAUGGACCAGCAGCUGUAGAACAGAGUCCGGCGGCCUACGCCGUGGACGACCACGCGGAAGAUGCGGACGCACAGCCGCAGCAGAGGAAUGACGAAGGGCGACUGCGGACACAGAGCGAUAAGCUGAGAGAAGCCCCGACAGACGCCUCUGCGGCGCUGCACAGCGACGCGACUCUAGCGCCUGAGGAGAAGCCGCGGCGGCCUUUGCCUCGCGACGAGCCGCAGCGUCGUCAGCUCUCGUCGUCGCAUACUGCGGCGGGCCUUCUGGAAGAACCCGAGGACGAGCCGUGCGCUUCCAAACGCGAUCGGCGCCGUCUCCUGGCUUUGAUGCGCCGCAGCCGCAGACUGCAUCGAAGAGAGACUCGACGACGCGGCCACACUCUCCGCCGGCCCCUGCUCUCCUCGCUGCCUCCCGGUCCGCCCGCCGCUUCUCCGGCUGGUUGCUUGCGUGCCGCUGCACCGCUUGGUGCAGCUGGGGCUUCCGCUGGAUCGCCCUCUGCGCUGAACACCUCCGCGGGUCUCUCGAGGUCGCAUGGGCCGCGUGCGGGCUCUGCAACGGACGGAGGGCCCUGCAAGCUCGCGAAGUUGAAUCCGAGUCAGAUCCGGAUCGCGCGGCAGCUCAUGUGCUGCCACAGCAGCUUCAACCGCGAGGGCGGCCUGCCAAGCUACGCGCUUCUGCGUGUGCUGGCGGGCGCCCAGACUCUGGGCCGCCUCAGCCCAGCACCCACGCAGAAGGCCCCCGCAGAGCCUCAAGCGAAGUCGAGACAGGCUAAAUGCGGCGCCCGGUCCGCGCAGGGAGGCACGGCGCUUCCGCAAGCAGGUCGCAGAAGCGACACGUGCGGGAGGGGCGACGGGGGUAAAGGCAUCGAGGCCGACGCGGCACCGCAGGGCAAGCGACCGCGGAGGCGAGCAAGCAGCGGGCAGGUUGAAGGCAGAACGCCCGAGACUGCCUGUCUUCGAGGGUGCGGUAAAGGAGGCAUCGAGGCGCGAGUCCUGACCAAGUUCGUUCUCUCGUCUCCCCGCCUCUUCAGCGUAGCGGUGAGCGCGUUUGGCAGGAGCCAGGGCGCGGCAGCAGUCGCUGCAGCGCUCGGUGAGAGGGCCCAAGAGGCUCGCGCGGUCCUGGGCUCUCUGCAGAGGGGUCUCAGAAACCGACGGGCGACACAGAGAGGAAGCGUGAGAGAAGAAACUGUGCGGAAGACCGACGGCGAGCAUGCAGAGGAAGCCACGGAAGAGGGCCGAGUAACGGGGUCAGGUUUGGGCGAGCUGGUGAACCGCCAGCGACCGAAUGGAGUUGACGACCCAGACGAGAGGACGGGAAAGACGGGAGCGCCUGGCCCGUUUGACAGCGGUCCUGGCGCCAGGGGUCUAGGGGAAACAGAGAACGAAGAAGACACGCAGAUGGAGAAAAAAGUGCUGCGACAGCUCCGGCGGCGGGUGCUGAAGUCGCUCUCUCUCAAGAGCCGGCUGGCGAGGCGGCUGCUGCCUCUCUUUGGGGAGCUGCUGGAUCGGUACCAGCGGUGCGACUUUCUGCAGCUUCUCAGGCGUCAUUGCCCCGCUCGCCGCAGCGCGAUCCCGCCCACCGCCUUGCGCGUUGGCAGUUCGUCCUCGGCCGCUUCCGCGCAUCGCGUCCCGCUCUCUCUCGCGCCGCUGCCGGCGGCGUCUGCGUGCCUGCGUCCUCUGCGUUCUUCAGAGUGCGCUGCGUCAUCUACACGUGCGCCUCCGGACGCACAGGGAGCUGCGGCGGCGCCGUCGGGCGCCUUGCCAUCGGGAGCCUCACCGUUCCCUUAUGCUGCUUUGAAGGCCUCUGAGGCCUCGUUCUGCGGACGCCUCGCUGCGCUUCGCCUGGAGACCCCGCCAGCGCGUGUGGUGGCCUUCCUUCUGUCUGCGCUGCGGCGACUGGUGCCGCCUCAGCUGCUCGGCUGCGCGGCGAAUUUCCGCAUUUUCCUGACCAGGGCGAAGCAGUUUGUACUCCUCAACUCGCGCGAGACGGUCACUCUGCAUAUGCUGCUGCAUUCCAUGAAAACGCGGCCCUACGCCCAACGCAGCAAGGCGCCAACUGCGAGGAGCUCUUCUCGGCACGCACGGACUGGGCCGCCGCGGACGGCGGGGGCAUGGAGGCGCAGAGACGCUCGAGAAGGCCCGGGGGCUGCAGGAGAAGAGGGGAAUCGAGGGACGGCGGGGUCGCGCAGUGAGGCGGAAAGUCGCGACGUGAGCAAAAGAGGGCAGAAACGUGUCAGACCCCAGGGAGGAGACGACGCACAGACGAGACAGCAACGGCGUGCCGCACGCCCCAGUCGGCGACUGGAGGCAAGGGAGAAAAUUGGACCGCUGAAACAGAGAGCGGCAAAAAGGCGUCACGCGGCGGCAAUGGCACAGACACGUGCAUGCCACCCAGACGGAGACACACGAGCGAAAAAGGAGGAUGGAGACUUGCAGCAGCUCUACUUGAGUCGCAUCGUCUACUUCCUCUUCACGCAGCUCGUCCUCCCUCUCCUCAGGCAACACUUCUACGUGACCGAGGCCGAGCCCACGGGUCACCGCCUUCGCUACUUUCGAAAGAUCUCCUGGCUCUCUGUCGAGCAGCAUGCAGCAGCAAGUCUCCAUAGCGCGUGCUUCGCGCGCAAGCGCCGACGCGGCACCAAGCCCGAGGUCGGGUGUCCGCCAACGGCAGCGCAGGCAGAAGCAGGAGCAGAGGCGGCACCGAAGAGCCUGGGCAAGUCGUCGUCGGCGCGAAGCGUGCUCGCCGGAAAGCAACAAGAAAAUGAAGCAGGGACAGACGACCUGCCUGCCGCGUCGGCCUCCGUGAGGGAGUCCGUACAAGCCGCAAAAAUGCCUGGGGGCGUCUGCGCAUCGGUCCACGACUCCGCUGCGGAAGACAGUGGACAAAAUGCGAGUGGAGGCUCGGCGCCGUCGUCGUUGCUAGACGCCAGGAUUGGGCAGAAGGCGCUGCGGAGUGAGCGAGGCGAGGGUUGGCGUGCAGCUGCGUCUGACGGGGAAUCGCACGGAGGAAGAGAAGGGAGGAGAGUGUCUCUCCGCGAACCCGGGAGAGAGACGCAUGGGUUCGCUAGGCGAGGAAGCCAGGCAGGCGAGAGCGAAUCGACUCGCACAGGGAAAGAUGGAGAGACGACAACCGAUGCAGACGGUGCCAGCUGGCAAGGUGGCGAGAGACAGUCACUGCCCGUUGACGCGCAGGCUCGAGCGGAAGCGAAUGACUUAGUUGAGGCCACGGAGGCGGCUGAGGACAGCGGAGAGGACGAAAUGGACAAGGAACUCGAGGAGCUCCUGGAUCCGGCUACUCACGCCCGCGUGAACGCGCUUUCCCUUGUGCCCACGGUCAGGUUCCUCCCGAAGGCGCGCGGGUGCCGCCCCCUGGUGAACCUCUCGCAGCCUGGGUGCGGCGUGCGCCUGGCGUACCUCCUCGACGCGGCGCUGGCAAGGCAGGAGAAUCGGGCAGCCGACCUUCGCGAAGCGCGGCGGGCCUUGAGGCGUCGACAGCUGGAGGCCCUCCGCGACAGGGGUGCCUUGGCGCGCGCGUUGGAGGCGACUCGCGCGGCUGCCGCGUGCAGCGACGCAGAAGUCGGGAGCGAGCUCGCGGACGGGGAAUUAGGCGAGCAGGGCGAAGACAGCGAAGCGUCGAGACGCGACAGACAUGAGGCAGAGGAGCAAGAAAUCAAGGGUGGGAGAGAGCGCCGGAGGCGCACCCUGGACGGCGUCCUCCUGAAACUAUUCGAAGCCCCUGCGCAGGAGGCGGCGGCACGGAGCGGUCGCGCGGCGGGACGCCAGCCGGCGGCGGCGACGGAUGCAGACGAGGAAGACAUCUCGCCUUUCGGGUCGCUGUGCGCCUCCUCCUUUCGCCCUUCUUUGUUUCCUUCGCUUUCCUCUGUCUUCGCGCCGGCCUCGCCUCCCUUCGCUCUGCCGUCCUACGGGCGCUUUGUGCGCCAGCGCCUGGGGGCGUUCUCCGCCUCGCUGAACGGCAGGCGAGCGCGCCUCAGCCAGUUGCGUGCAUCGUUCAUCAGGUCGCCCGCGUGCUUCCGCGUCUCCGCUUCCUCGGCGCGCUUGGCGCUUUUUGCGUCCGCGGCCGCCUCGCAUUCUCGGCCUGCUGUAUCCACCGCUGCCUGCUUCAGGGAUUCGCGCGUGAGGGAGACGAGGCGCGGCCGCUCAGCGGCGGCGUGUCAACCGGACUCUGCGGUGGCAACCCGUAUUUGCCGCGCGGCAUGCAACGCUUCGUCUUUCUCUCCCGCCGUCUCGCGUUCGCCUGUGCCGACGCCGUCACCGCUGACGCGGCCGCUUGCGUCUCGAGUGUCCUCGUCGCGAGCUGCGUCGCGUUUGUCUGCGGCGGCGGGGCGCUCGCGCGCUGCGCCGUCGUCCUGCUUCGCUGCGGCGCAGCUCUCGCUGAACAGCCUGACGGACCCGGUCCGGAGCUCGCUGGCCGCGCUGUGUCGCUUCCACCCCGACGUCCUCGGCUGCUCAGUCCUGUCUUUCUCAGACGUGCAUCGGCGGCUGCUUGCGUGGUGGACGCUUUACCAGCGGCUGUUUCGGCGCGUCAACACUCUCGUCGCGCGGCUGGGCCCGCGCGCACGCGUGAUGCGGGUUCGAUUCUCGCAGAUGUGCUUCGUCGUCGGCGACUUGCAGGCCUGCUAUGAGGGCUUGACGCACCGCGACCUCGUCCUCGCCGUCGACCGGGCACUCCAGGGCGCCGACGUUCGCCGCAUGCACAUCCUCAAAUUCUACAAGCGAAUCGUGCCACCCAUCACCAGCGCCGGAGGAGGGCGGCAAACCGCCACACGCGGGAGGCCCCCACGCCGGUCGCUCGAGGCCCUCGUCGAGAAAGCGACGCGAGCCAAGACCGCCGACGAAGCUGAAAGGCGCGAAGGCUCCACCAGACGCACUGCGGUGACUGGCGGCAUGCUUCGGGCGUCUGGGGCAGCGCAUGUCUCUUCGAUAGGACGAGUCGACGAAGUCGCCGUCCCUGCCAGACAAGGCCGACAGCCCCUCCUGUCGACUUUGAUGCUGCCGGCGAGGACAGAGGCAAACCCGUUGGAGGGAAACGACACUGAUCUCUUUUCGAGCCCCUCGCUCACCGGUCUGAGACGCUGCCGUCCCGCUCUCCGGGCCUCCCGCAGCCGUUUGACCUGGGGCGAGACGAGUGGGGUCGCCAGAAAUGGAUAUUCAGUUCUGCCUCUUUGCGGGAGAUCCGCUGGCUACGCGUCUUGUUCAGUACCUGUUGGAUGCGCCCUCUCACGGGUUCCGUUUCCGUCCCAGGGUCGGUCGCCGUCUGGCGCGCGCCUUCCGGACGGCGGCUCGGUCUUCCGCGGACGCCUCCUGCGUGGCGCAAGUCCUGGUGGCGUGGUGCUGCUGGCGGACGCAUGCCAGCGCCUGCUGCUGAGCGCCGACGAGAUUCUUCUCUCUGUGCGCCUUCUGCUGCGCCAGCACCGCAUCCGAUUCUCUCGGCGGCGACUCGCGCCUCUCGCGCUGGCUGCGGCCCUGCGCAAGCCCGAGCAGAGAGCCGACGGGACAGGGCGCUUCGCAGCGGGACGCUGCGCCCAGGGGACUGAGCAGCGUGUAGGAACGACGGAACGCGAGGGAAAAAGUGAAGGCGGAGGCCGAGACGCAGCGCAGGGCUCGAGGUCGGUCGCGGCGGACAGAACGAGAGACGAGGCACCAGGCCGGCAGAGGAAAGCCGAGCCCACUGCGGAGGGAGAAGACGGGCCUCUUUAUGACGGCCAAGACGGUGUGUACCGUCAGACCAUUGGGAUCCCGCAAGGCUCGAAUCUUUCUGGCCUUCUGUGCGCUCUGUUCUACGCGAGUCGAGACGCGCGCCCAGAAGUCCAGGCACUCUUGAGAGGGACGAUUUCUUCGAUGUCUCUCUGUGAGGCAUCGGGCUUCAGCGAGCUCCAAAAGGGCGACAGCAUGGAGCCCGCGCAGGCCGGCUGGGCCUUUGCAGAGACGGGCGCCGGCUGCCCGCCGCAGGACCCGAAAAAGGCGACGCUCACCGACUCGGCGAACGCGGAAGACGCGGGGAUCGCCGCCGAUCGCUCCCGGGGAGUGGAACGGCGAAAGAAAGAAGGUGCGCAAAGGACGAGUACGACGAGGAGUUGCAGAGAAGUCUUCUUCAGGCAUGUUGGGCCGCUGGUGCUGGAAAUAUCUCGGCCGAGAAAAUCUGAAAAUUACGAUUCCGCCUUGGAACCCGGAGUCCCGACAGCCGUCACCUGCGUUGCACCAUGUUCUCUCCCGCCUCCAGGCUCUUCCGCCGCUCCCUCGUGCCGUCUGCGCCAGCGAGAGCGGAAAGCGCUGCAUGCGUUGGAGAGAGAGCUGAAGCGGCUGGUAUGGCCGCCGCUGCUAAUGCGCUGGGUGGAUGACUUCCUUUUCCUGUCGCCGAGUCGCGCCUGCGCUGAGGCCUUCCUCGAGCUGCUGCUCCAUAAACACGUCUGGGGUAGGAACGUGAACGAGCAAAAGCUGAAGACGAAUCUCUUCGACGUGGCGCCCGAAGCCAGCAAUCGCGAGAGAGGCUCUCCACGUGUUUCGCAUGCCCACGUCUGGACGGGCGCAGCGCCUGCACGCGAUCUACGCGGGCCUUCCGCCCCUCGUGUCACCUCGCUCGCAUCUGCCUCUCCAGCGCCUCCGCGUGCGCAGCCUUCACCGAAUGUGCCGUCGGUCUCCUCGUCUGCUUCGGCUUCGUCCUCUGUUUCGUCCACUUCAGAGGCUGCACCUGGUUCGCGUUCUGCCUCGUGGGGGGGGUCUCCCGCUGCAAACCCUCGCGUGGCCGCGCCCUCAGGGCCGCAUUCGACAGCGCCUCCCGUGCUUUAUCGUGGCUCACUCGCUGGUGACGCUCCACGAGGCGAAGGGACUGGAGCCGCUGCUACGGCAGAGCUUCCGGCACGCCUUCGUGACUGCCAGCAGGGCACGGAGAAGACAUGCGGAGGAGCCGCGUGCGGGCGAGGGAGGGCCGUGGCGGCUGCACGAGCAGCGAGCAGGGGCGACGACACCCAUCGAGAAGCGGCGACACGAGCUGUCGACGCGCAGGGCGAAUCCUCGACCCGUGGGAGUGGGGAGGCCGCGGGCAGGAAGCGAACGAGAGAGCGAGAGGUGUGCACCGGCGGUGCGGCGGCUGAAUCCGACAGCACCCGCGAAAGGAAGGACAAGAAGAUAUGCGUUUUGAACCGCUCCAAUCCCGGGACUACCACCCCGUACGGCCCGAGUCAUUUGCCGUCUCUUGAAACCUGCCCUCGUAGACUGUGCCGUGCCUCGGCGGCUUCUUCCUCGCAGUGUUCGCCAUCUGCUGCGGGGGGGGACGCUCUUUCGGCGGCGUCGGCUUCGCCUCCGUCACCGUGUUUGAUUUCCUCCACACAUGCCGCUUCACCGGCGUGCCCGUCCUCUUCGCUAGGAUGCCUCGCGGACGCCUCCCUGCACGUCUUCGCGCCUUGCUGGGCUGGCGUGCGCUUCGCCUUCGACGUGUCCAAGCGCAGCCUCUGCGUGAUGCCGCUGCUCCGACGAGACACUGCUGAGGGCUCGGGGCCCGCGCCGCUGACGGCAACGGACUCAAGAGAGAAAAGAUCGAAGGGACGGCGAGAGGCGCCAGCCGACCCAGCUCUGCAGAACUCAGUUCGCGACAGCCUGGCGCUGCACCAGCGCGGGCGCACGAGCUCCGCCGGCGCUGCGGCAAGCUCCGACGGGCCAGAGUUCAUGGUGGAGAUGCUGGAGCAGCGCCUCCUGGGGCACCUAACGAUGCGCCUAGGGACGACGCGCGUCUUCGUCGACUUGCGGCUGAACUCCCCCGAGGCAGUCUGCCGGAACGUGUACGUCGUGGUGAAGACUGUGCUGCUCAAGCUGCGUUGCGGCUUGGAGCGAAUUGCGAAGGAAUUUGCGGGCUUCCUCACGGCUCGCUACGUCGUCGCUCUUAGCAUGCGCCUGAUCGCCUCGGUCCUGACUUUCACGCGCCAGCCUAUCCCUGCGCGCUGGCGAGCCUUCGUCCCACGACUCUCUUCAUCUUCCAUCAACCGGCGUGUCUCCUCCGCCUCAUCGCCGCGCCCGUCUGAGACGCGGCCUCCGUCGUUUCUGCGGUCGACGUCCGCUUCUUCAUCUUCCCCUUGUGCACCAGGAGCGGGGGACGCGUCUUACUCACCCUCCGCGGCUCUGCCAGCAUCGGGGGAUUCCUUUCCACGCCUGCAGCCCGCUGAGGGAGGCUUGUCGGCGCGGGCCUUCCAGCAGCGUCUGCGAUUCGUAUGCUUCAACGCUGCAGCUUCCGUCUUCCGCGGUUUCAGGGGCAAAAGCAACUCGCUCUCAAGGACAGCGAAAGGCGAACGUGGUUCUCGCAGCAAAUGCACGUCGACGCGGCGCAGCCCGACCUCGGUGGAUAUCCCAGAGAGGAGCGCCGUCGCUGCGGCCGGCUGCCAGACGCUUGGUGCACACGCACACGUCGCCUCUUCUUCCGCAUGUGCCGAGCCCGUCGACGAACGGCGGCAAACUUCCGAGGAGCGGGCACGAGGGGCUUCGUCUGGCUCUCGGCAAGACGGAAAAUCCGCAGGUUCACGCGCGGAGGACAAGCACGUUUUCGCAGGCCUUUCCGCGCCGGGCAGCAUCACCGUGGAAGGAGGGAAACGUUCCGAGACCACCGCAGAUGGUGCUGACGCCCUGUACGUCACUUGGACUGCGGAUGGCGACGCCUUGAAUCUUCCUGCGGCUGCACAACACCACGUGUGGGCUUCUGCAGGCACAGACAGGAUUCAGAUGUCCACGCCGGACUGGAGAGACGUCGAAGAUGACAAAGAAAAUUCUCCGCCGUGGCCUCUGCAGACGCCAAGCCCCCAGAGCUGCGCAGCAGAGAGCCCGACCCACGACGGCACACCGCGAACGCUCGUUGGCAGCCACGGCGGGGCGGCGGCGAAUCAGAAGGAAGCCGUAGACGAGGCGCGGCCCCAGCGGGCGUGUGCCACCACCAACCCAGGAGCGGUUCUGCGCGGAGGUGAAGUCCCUGAGAAGACCCUCGCGGACGGCAGCACGUUGUUAGAGGUGGCGGGUCCCUGGGAGGGCGCCGAAGGAGCGGCAGCGAAAGACGUGGCGCCGAAACGCGGUGAAGAGCACCAGCCCAGUGCAGGGCCAGAUGGAGCUCAGCCGGCUGCGCGAGACCGCGGCGCGGGGAAACUUGGAGGCUACGACUCACCAAGGCGAGCAGCGCCUACUUUGGCGGACUCGGGCGCCGCAUGUACCACGGGGUCAGACCGGCACCGCGCCAGCAGUUGGAGGCGUGGGCGCGACUUUGCUGGACCCCCGCGAGUUGUGAUGGCUUCAGCUGCCGCGGCUGGAGCCGGCAACGCGGCCGAGGAGGCGACGAGGCCAGAGGGAAGCGAGCAGGCAGGGGGGCGCGCUGCCGCAGGCGGCACCACCAGUCCGACGUCGAGGCGCUGCCGUGGGCAGAGAAGACUCACACGGGGCCAGAAAGCCGCAGAGCGGAAGAAACGCGCGUUCACACUUUGCUUCGCCAUCUUCGCUGCCAGAGCGAAGCACGCACAAGUCGCCCUGGAGCUGCGGCGUCGCAGCCGGGCGCGCGGCAAGCCUCUGGCUCCGGCGCCUGCGCAGGAGUCGCAGGCAACGCAGGCUCACGCCAGAGCUCGGAACAAAGACCAGGACGGUACCGAGCGCAACGCACAAGCGGUCGCAUGGCCUGUGGCGGAAGGUGGCGAAGCCGCUGGGUCUGUGCAGCCGUGCGCUCACGACAGCAAUCUGCUCCGAGAAGCACGUGGCGCCUCAGAAACAGUUGAUGGCGCGGGGUCGCGAGGCAGGCACGCCGAGAGAGCAGGACCACGUAACUCGGUAACCCAAGAGGCCCAAUGUCCGCCGCAUUCUGGGCUGCUGACUCCGGCAAAACGAGAAACACCGUGCGGCUGUGGAAACGAUGGCAGGAGCAAACGACGGCGGGUGAUGGGGGAUGAAACCCAGCCGUGCAGAGCUAGGAAGGCGUCAAGCAAUCUGCCGACAGGACGCUGCGCUGAGACGAAAACACGGGUCUUGGAGGAAGCCGUGCAGGCAUAUCUCUGCGCCAGACAAGUGGAGCUGCACGAAGGCGAGAAAGGCCGAGGUUGGCCGCCUCUGAUGCGCUCGGGCGCGAAGCAGAGAAUGGCGAGGAAACGCAAGCGGCGGGGAUGA